AUGGAGUUGAAUGACUUAUCAGAAAGUCAAAAAGAGCUAUUGCAGCCACUUCUUGAACUAAAAACAGAUGUUUCAUUGGAUUCACUGGUGGUUUUGAGGGAUGUAUUCCAAGAUCUGUCGGAAACAUAUAGUACAUUCGCAGCAUCGAUAAAGGACACAGAAAAAAAAUUAUUGACCUGCUAUAAUAUAGCGUCUUCUGGUAGUUUAACACCACAAGCCUGCGAAGCAUUGUUGAUGGUUCGAGGAAAUACACCAAACCUGUCAAACGUUAUCCUAUCAGCAACUGCAGAACAAGCAGGAGUGCUGAAAGUCAUGACAAGCAUGUUGAGCUUCCUGAACCAAGUUUAUGAGGAAGCAAAUAAGUUUUCAGAAUCUUUGGAUAAGUCAGUGGUUGUGCCACUCACAUCAUUUUCAAACGAAUAUCUAAAGACGUUUGGAAAAGAUGAAAAUCGAGCAUUCAGACAAGAUAUUUCAGGAUUCAUCCCAAAGCUUAAGGAGUUCAAAAAUUCACCAAACUACUCACAUAGUGAAAUACGAAAAUACGUGGACGUGGUACUAAAAUCACACAAGGAGCUGCAGGAUUGUCUAGCAUACGAGUCACAACUGACUCAAUACCUCGCCUCAGAUGACCAGUUUGAUACAAAGUUAAUUUCAAAAGCAAAAAAUAGAACAGUAAGAGCUAAAGUGACACUCGGAAAUAAUAUACAAAACCUGUUUACAAACGCGCCCGAGUUGAGAGAAAUCGUAGACUUCAAAAAUGCAGACGUGGAUGUACUCUCACAAAUCAGCAAAGUCUCCAAAAAACAAGCAGACGUUGUCUCCCAGUUGUCAAAGGUUAAUGAUAAGACAAAUAAUUCAGAAACAGGUGAAAGUCCUUCGGAAUACCAUUCCCAUUUCUGUGAUUUAGAGAAGAAGAGGCUGGAACUAUUUUCCAGGUGUUUCCAGCACUGGAUGGAUAACCACGCCAAGUACAAAAAGGGAGUUUAUUCCCAGUUGGAACUUAUGUGGGAUGAAGUAGUCAAGUUCUCGCCGAACAACGAUUUUAAAAGAUUUGAAGCAUGCCUCACUGGACAAACAGUUGAGUCUGAACCACAACACUCAAGGUCAGUUCCCACUGAUGAUCCGUAUGAAGGCAUAUGGAUACCAGCGCACCCGGGGCCAAUAGAAUCUGACACACAAGUACAGCCAGAUAAUACGUCUAGGAGCUCAGAACACAGUAAGGAAGAUCAAAUGAAUGUUACUGUUGAAGAAAGUUAUGAAUCCGGAAAUGUAUCAGACGAGGAAUAUGAUACAUCGUUAGUUGACGCUAGUUAUAGCACCGCAAAUGCUAAUCAUAUUACUGAAAAUAAAAGCUAUGACGAAGAAAACGUUCUAGACGAGGAUAAAAAUAAUGCUAAAGAUACAUACAAUAUAUAUAAGAUUAGCGAAAACGAUUUUGAUCAGUGCAGUGAUUCGAGAUAUACACCGACAGAAAUUUCAAAGGCGAACGAGUCUGACAUCCUAGAAUUAACCACCACUUCAGUACUUAACCUUGGUGUUCCAUCACACAUGAAAUUUCUGAAACGACAAAAAGCCUCAAAAAAACCUCUUAAACAGGAAGAAACUAAUGCUAAUGAUGGCAAAUUGGUUAAACCUGAUGAAACGGAGAAGCCUGAAGAAAUUGAGAAUAUAAAGCUACUUAGUUUAGAGUCAAAUUAUCUGGAUUCCGACGAGUACGGUACUUUUAUCAAGCAUUUGGAAGAAAAAACCGAUACAAGAUACAAAGAAACUGAUGAAGAAGUAAGUGAAUCUGAAGUUGAAGAGAAUCAAGAGGAGAAAACCGUAGCGAAAUCUAUGGAAGAAGCAUAUAAAGAAGAUAGAAUGGCUACCGAGAAGGAAAGCCAAUCUCCCAAAAAAGAAAUUGAUGAUAAAAAGCUUCGAUAUAUAAACCCAGGAGUAGUAGGCGACCCGAAGAGAAUAUUGAGAAUAACAAGACGUAGAUUGGACGAACAUAUGCUAACUUUGUUUAAUAAGUGCAGAGAAAAAAGGUUGGAGUCACAAUUUGAUUGGUUAAAUGAUAAGGUAAAAAAUAUAGUUAAAUUGUUUGAAGACUACGAUGCAUACCCAAUAGUCGAUUUUGAUCAACUAGUAAAGCAAAUUGAUUCAGCAGCAUCAACCAAAGCUGAUCAAAGCCCACGUUCAGUAGACGGUUAUGUAGAGUUGUCAGAUAGAGCAGUUCUAGCAAUACUUCCAUAUUCACUGUACGAUAAGUAUAUGGAUGAAGACCAAUGGACAAUAUUCUCCCUGGAAAUGUUAGUACUGAUGCACCAGUAUGUGUCAUCGUUCUUAAAUCACCCCUGUCUGAACGAAGAAACGGGAGAGUUGAGGGAGUAUUUGUUGGCAAAUUUGGGCAUUUUAGAGCAAGUGCUCAUUAAGCUGAGGAAGACGAUAGAGACGUAUAAGUUUAGGACCUCAGUGUCAGAAUUCGAAUAUGGUAUCCUGGAUGUUGCUUUGAAACCAAGAGACUCGUUCACAGCACGCUCACCAGCAAUGAGGCUGCACGUCAUGGACAUAAGGUACAGAAUUUUGCUUCUGAUCGACUCCUUUUCAAAGGGAGAUAUUGUAAUUCAUAGCGAAAAGCUAUUUGUGAUUAAGGAGUUUUACCAAUGGAUGUAUAGGCAGCUACAUUUCGUCCACAUAACACUACUGCAGAAACUCACGAGAGUCAUAUACCUCAUACCAAACCACUGUAAGGAUUUGCAAGAUAGAUGGUUGAGAUGCAUCAACUCAAAAGAACCACAAGAAGAAUUGCUCCACGGUUUUAAAUUCGGAGACAAACCACUUAUUGAUAAGAUUGGAAACUUAGUGUUGAAGGAGCUGUUGUAUUCAUUGGGUAUAGUAAAUUCACUUAAACAGUACGCUAUAAGCAAAGUGGAUAAAUCUUGUUCGGUUGAUUCGCCAAGAGCUGGCCUGCUUCAAAAUUCUGACCAAAGUAGAGAAAAUGAUGGCCUGGUCAAAGGAAAUUUGCUGGAGUUGUUGAGGAGGUUAGUGAUGGUUGAGGAUUUGGACGAGGAGUUCAAAUCACAUUUUAACUUGCCAGAAGACGAACGCCAAAUGAGACAACUUAAACAGGAAGAUUUCGCAAUAAACCUGAGUUUUUAUAACGAUCAUGAAAUUUCAGUGCUAGCAGAAGUUAGAAGUAACAAAACGACGUGUUUCCAAAGGUGUAUCACGCCACGUGGCAGAACAGUGAAUAAGGAAAAGCUAAAAAAAACAAAACGUUCCAAUAAAUCAAAAAAGAAGGAGCAAAAGAAGAUUAUAAAGUCGGUGGAAAAUGAUUUAAUGACAAAUAAAUCAUGGAAUAAGUACUUUAACCACAGAGUUGAUGAAGUAGUAUUAUCAAAGAGUUUCAGAAUGGAAGAGCCAGUGGUGCUCCUGAUUUGCAGUUAUCUCCACAAAUACCUGACAUGCGAUGAAAUUCCAAUGUCAGACUUCCCACAACACUUUCAGACGAUUUUGUACCUUAGUUCCUUUAUGCAGACGGGAAUUUUGCCAAACUUUAACCUCCUGAAGCACAACGUUAAGGAUAAUGAAAACAACAAUUUCAAGAACCAAAUCCCAAUUAUCGCACACUCAAUAAUGGCAGCAUCAUCACUAUGGUUUUACAAAAUUAACACGCCUGCAGAAAACACUCCAACAGAAGGAGUUAUUUCCACACCAGCAAAGGAUUCCACAGUAGAGUACAGUACACAACCCAACCACACAGAAGAUGGAUUCGAGAAUUAUAAGAGGCUUAGAAUAUCAAGUACAGGAAUAAAGGAACGACUAAGGUCAAUGGUUAAGUUGAAAUUUAAGAUAACAGAAAAUGUAGCUAAACAGUUGUACAUCCUAUUGCAAAUGCCAACCAACUUGCACCACUUGCCAGUUGGACUGUCGGACCUCGAUUCAUACCUUCUGUUCGACCUGUUAAAAUACAAAAUCGGUGGAAAUUUUACACCAGAAGAUCUGAUGCCUAAUUACACGUAUCAAGAUAAAACCUCCAUUGAACUCAUUACUCUGGAAAAUAUUACUGAAAUGUCUAAUUCAGUACUAACACAACUCAAGGCAAUGGAUUCAAAUAAAGCAUGCAAUAAAGUUCAAUUCAUAAUUUCACAGUUGAUCAAUUAUCAGUCACCGACUCUAUUCACAAUAAUAUCAGGCAAUGAUACUCCUAACAUAACUGAUAUUGGAGUUAAAGCUGGCCACUCCAUGGGCAAAUCAACUUACACCACAGUUGGAUCAACAAACCCUGUACGUAGGGCAUCACUGGACGUAAAGUACAAUUAUGACUAUUCACUACUAACACCUUCAUCAAUAGAGAGAAGUAUCAUGACAAUAUUAUUCUUGAGGCUGUCAUGCGUUAGCUUCAAGAAUGAGUUGUUCAAGUGCUUGUGCAAGUUCUCCCAAUUCGUCGACUCUAGCGGCCUUUUCUACGUCCUUUCAGUUUUCGUUAUGAUGUUCAGAGCUCUUUACCCAAGACUCUCAGAUAACAUACCUAACCUUUCAAUUUUUGAAGCAGAUGAUGAAAAUGAUAAACCACACUGGAAUAUGAUUAACAUAUUCAGGUAUAUAGUGAAUCGGAAUGCGAAGGUAUUUGUUGAUGAGUGUGUGGAUAGAGUGAAGGAAACUAAUGAUUCAUCCCUGGACAAUAAUGGCCUAAUUCCUCUCAUCACAGAGGAGAUGUUGCAGAUGCUGAGGUACCAGUGCACAGCAUCGAGUAAUGUCUGGAACAGCUUCCUCCAGUUCGGCGAAUUCUCGUCUCUGCUCUCAAACUGCAGUAUAUUGCACUACAAAAAGGUGUAUGAAAAACUUAAAAUCAAUACGGAGUUGGUAAUGCCCGAGUUCAGAAGGCUAAUGGUGUUACAGCGCGAAUUUGACUCGAGUUAUAUAGUGAGGACGCCAGCAAGUGACCCAGCCCAGCAGGAACAGAGGCUAUUAAACUGCAUGUUCUUCUGCUACAAAAACUCUAACCACAAGCUUAGCGGAUAUGCUGAGUUUUUAAAAACCAUAAAGGAUACCCUGACCAGGGCUCUCGAACAUAAGUUCGUCUCAAUGUCUGACAUGAUUGAUUCCUCUGUUGAUAAUGAGGAUUGGAAGAGAGUUAGUACUGAGAACUCGUAUACCCAAGGAGUUGUAAACUUGGUCACAGUGCUAAACGCAUGCCUCAAGGCAUCAUUUCAUCUCUCACCCCCAGUCGAGUGGCUCAUACUUCCGUUCACAAGCGCCUGUGAAAACUCAAUCAGGUCAUACAAUAGAGCAAUUCUAAAGUGCUACAAACUCAGCAAUCUCUAUAAUAUACAUGCUAACAUCAUCGAUGGAAUUCCAUCAGGAGAUGGUGUGGGUGCAGGUGAUGACGAAAAAAAGGCUAAGAAGACUUUGUGGAAGAGGCUUAAGAACACACUUGGAGUUAAGUCACAGAAAAGCUCAUCUUACCACCACGUCGUUGGCCUGGUUGACAAGUACAGUAACGACUUCAAGUCUAAGACCGUAAUGGACGACCUUACGCGUAUUGCAAACAUGAACUACUUAUCGAACAACCUUAUGAAGGUCCCCGAGGACAUUUUCGGAUUCUACUACAGCCAGAUCAGGCAAAGAGAUCCAGAGUACGAAUUCUUGCACGACACCAUUGGAACUUCGCUGGUCUCCGAUGUUAACCGCUUUUUCUUCUUGGAACCACAACAAUUGCUUGAAAUCCCCCACUCAAAGUCGCUCUCGUCACUCAUCUUCGCAUCACAGAGGAUACUCAAACGCGAAUCAAAUCAGCUGAUCAUGGAUACCAUCACCGUAGUCAUGUGGAAAUUGGUACUGGUGGAUUUCAAACACCAUGUCUUCUACAAUCUAUACACACCGGAAGUCAAUACGGGAUACAAAAUUAAGGAUAUUGUCGAAAAGUUCCCCGAUAGCAUCUUCCUAUUCAUUGAUAAAAUACCACAGUAUUAUAUUCAGUUCGCAUACAACAACUUUUUUGAAGCAUUCAUCAAAACAGUCUUCUACAUAAUAAGGUAUAAAAGUAGGGAUAACAAGCUCACAAAGUCUGCAAUAAAGGUAGUGUAUCACGACGUCGAUGUAUUGAAAAAGUUGCUGGACAAGUAUUCACAAGAUAAUCUGGAGCUUCUGGAAUCACUUAAAAAUUACAUCAAGUCCCUCAUUAACUAG